AUGCUUGACGAAAGCUUUGAUCCGCUCCAUGGCGAAGCAGUAUCUACCUCGACUCCGAUUCGUUUAACUGUCCAAGUGAUUGCUGGACGUCAUCUUUCACGUCGUGACAAGCACAAAGGGAUAUGUUCGCCGUUUGUCGAGGUUGAACUUGUUGGACUUCCUUGCGAUGAGAGAUCCUACAAGACGAGAACCAUCGCAUCGAACGGUUUGAAUCCGAUUUGGAAUCAGACAUUCGUAUUCGAAGUACAUUGUCCCGAAAUGGCUUUGCUGAGGUUUCAAGUGGAAGAUGGCGACUUCGUUGGACCAAAAACUGAUCCCUUCAUUGGGCAAGCCGUCUUCCCGCUGGAUUGCAUACGUUGCGGCUUCCGUUCGGUUCCUCUUCUGAAUCAGUUCAGUGAGGAACUUGAAUUGUCAUCAUUGCUUGUAGACGUCCAGAUGAUCUCCAUAGAAGAGUCAAGCCUAAUUCAUUCUGCACAUUCCGUGCUCCAGGCUAGCCGAUUGGCUCCCGUGUUCCGCUCAAAGGAUCGCCAGCUAAGUAAUUACAACACAAUCGAGUUAGCUGGAACGGUAGUUGAACGGGUUUCUGAUGGCGAGAAACAGCAUGUCAUCAAAAUCUCUCAUAGCGCUCAGCAAUGGAGCGGACAGCAAUGGCUUUUGGCUGCCAGAUCUAUCGAAGAAGCCGACGACUGGCAGAAUCAGCUGUGGGAUUUGACGCGAUCCGUUAACAAUAAGAUCAGUGUGUUACGAACAAAGGAGAAGAGCGCACGAAUCGCGGCUGAAUUGUCUAACCUUGUGGUGUACUGCCAAGCUGUGCCGUUUGAUGGAGCCCACGUUCGAACAGGAUCUUUCUAUGAGAUGUGCUCAUUUGUAGAAAACAAG